AUGUUUUCCACGUUGGCUGAUGUAAUUCCUUCCCAACAAAGAAAGACAUCCACGGACUACAGGGACUUGAGCAGGCGCUUCCAAACCCUGAUGUAUGAACGAAAAGCUGGGGUCCAUGUCUGUCUGGCGUGUGGAAUGUCUACUUUGGAGUUGAAACAAUCACUCUUAUCAAUCAAAUCAAAUCGAUUGGUCACAAGUAUUGUCGGUCAAUUGGCCUAUGAGGAUGGCAACUUGCAGAGCUGUUUCCUCCAUGGUGGCUGGAUAUAA